UUGGUUCCGGCAAUCCCCAAAUUCAAAUUUUAUCACAAAAAGAGUCCGAGAACAAAUAAUAAACCAUAUAAUUUAUGCCUUACAUUACUAGAGCAGAAGUUUCACGUAUGGUAAACCAUAUCUAAAUAUAAAUACAUCCCAUCUCAGUUUCCCGUGAAUGAUAAUGAAUCUCCGUUAAUCAUCCAUUAUCGAUUUCCGUCUCCGGCCAACUCCUUUCAACUGUGGUAUUUUCUCUCUUCUAGGAGAUUCAGUUCCUUCAAUUUCUUUUUGCUGCAAUUAAACAUUUAAAUUAUCGAUUGAUUUUCUGAAGAGGAAAUUCGACGAUGAACAAGAGAAGCAGUAACUGCGCCAUAUGCGAGAAUUCGAAUCGCGCCUCUAUUUGUGCAGUUUGUGUCAAUUACAGAUUAAACGAGUGCAACACUUUGUUGAAAUCUUUAAAGAGUCGUCGGGAUGCAUUAUAUUCGAGAUUGACUGAAGUUCUUGUGGCAAAGGGGAAAGCGGAUGAUCAAAUGAAUUGGAGAGUGCUUCAGAAUGAGAAGCUUGUGAAUUUGAGAGAGAAGCUACGGCAUAGUAGGGAGCAACUCGCGCAAGGGAAGUCAAAGAUUGAGAAGAGAUCUUAUGAUUUAAAAGCUAAAUAUGCUGUGCUUGAAUCAACUCAUUCUAUGUUGGAAAAGAAUCGUGCAGAACAACUGCAGAAGUUCUAUCCUAACCUUAUUUGCACUCAGAGUUUGGGGCAUAUGGCAAUCCUCUCUGAACUUCUGCAUAAACAGUCUGUGAUUAUAAAACAGAUAUGCAAAUUGUUCCCACAACGUCGGGUGACCAAAGAGUCAGAAGUAAGAGAUGGCCAGAGUGGUCAAUAUGAUCAGAUUUGCUGUGCACGAUUACCAAGAGGACUUGACCCACACUCUAUUCCAUCAGAAGAGCUAGCUGCCUCUUUGGGAUACAUGGUGCAACUUGUAAAUCUUGUUGUUCACAAUUUGGCUGUUCCUGCUCUUCAUAACUCAGGUUUUGCGGGUUCUUGCUCAAGAAUAUGGCAAAGGGAUUCUUAUUGGAAUGCACGCCCAUCCUCUCGAAGCAAUGAAUAUCCCCUUUUUAUUCCACGCCAAAAUUACUGUUCUACUAGUGGAGAAGCAUGGGAUAAAAGCUCAAGUAAUUUCGGUGUUACUUCAAUGGAAUCUGAGAAAAGGCCCAACCUGGAUUGUUCUAGAAGUAGUAGCUUCAAUUAUACUGCUGCAUCUCCACAUUCUGUUGAAACACACAUGGACUUGCAGAAAGGGAUUUCUCUUCUCAAGAAAAGUGUGGCAUGCAUAACAGCCUACUGUUAUAACUCACUAUGUCUGGAUCCUCCAUCUGAAGCAUCUACUUUUGAAGCAUUUGCCAAGUUAUUGGUGACACUAUCUUCAUCUAAGGAAAUUCGAUCUGUGUUUUCCUUGAAAAUGGCUUGUUCAAGGUCAUGUAAACAGUUCAACAAUAAACAAUCAGUGUGGAAUAUGAAUUCUGUUAUUUCAUCGACCACUUUACUGGAGAGUGCGCAUAUGUUGCCCAUGACGAAAAACUUUAGCGAUAACAAUCUCCCAAGCUCCGCAGCCAGUUUUCUUUGUGCCACUGAGAUGUCUGAUAUUGGAAAAAUGGAAAGUCUUAUUGAUGGAUGGGAUUUUGUCGAGCGUCCUACUUUUCCUCCUCCACCAUCGCAAACUGAGGAUGUUGAGCAUUGGACUCGAGCCAUGUUUAUUGAUGCCACAAAGAAAUGAUCCGGUGCCCCACCAAUAGUCCUACAUUUUGUAAGUCACUAGGUUCCGCAGAAGAAGCACUUACUAAAGCAGAGGCGAGUCGGGGCCGUGGAGAAUUAACUUCUAGUUUCAUCUUUCAUGUAAAUAGAUAUGAUCAAUAUUCAAUAGCUGUGUAUAUAUGAGUAUAUAUAAUUAUAAUACAAAUUCCAUUUUCCUGAAGUUUA